UCGUUGUCUUGGUCUAGUUUGUCGUCAUAUUUUGUUAUUUGAAAAAUUAUGCAGCUCAAACAAAAACAAAUAGGUUUAAAAAAUGUGCAUUUAAAAUGAACAUUCACAGAGUUGUGCAAAAAAAUUAAUAGAUCAUCGUUAUGUAUUCCGGAAUUCUUUUUUGAAUCUCAUUACGAUGGUCGACUUGAGUUCAACAAGGUUGUGCAGAGUAUGUCUUCAAGACGGAGCUAUGCUACCGAUAUUUGAAAAAUCCGAAAAUGGAGGAAACAUUCUCUCUAAACUAUCUUUAUGUAUACAACAUGAAAAAAUAGAAGACGUCGAAGGAUUACCACGUCAUAUAUGUACUAUAUGCAGUAAUACAUUAGAUACUUUAUGUGAUUUUAUUAAUAAAUUCAAGGAGUCGUGUAAAAUAUUAGAAAAUGGUUUACUUACUGUUUUGAAGGAGGAUUUAAUUAGUUCUAAUCAAGACCGUUUGACUGAAGUAGAAAUAAAUAUAAAGAACAUAAAGGCUGAGUCUGAAGACCACUAUGAUGAUGGUUUCGAUGAUUAUGAGGAUUUAUUGCCAUUAAAAUUACCAGAUAAAAUAAAACAGGAACCAAUAAAAAAGAAAUCUGUUAAGAAGAAACCUAUAAAGACAGAACCAAAACCUCGAAAAGUAAAUUCUCAAACUGGUACCAAAACAAACAAAAUAGCUUCUUCUAUCUUAGAAGGGAACUUUUUAUGGAAUGGAGAUAAAUGGUGUAUAAAAUCUGGGUCCCCAAAACUCAGCAUAAAAGCCACCAGGGAAUCCAAACAACCAAAGCCAAGGCAUAUUACAAUUAAAUUAUCUAAUGCUACAAAACCUACCACUGACAAACUAUGUGACCUCUGUGGAAACGUGUUUAAAACAAACGACAAACUUUCUAACCAUAAGAAAACUGUGCAUUUUAAAAAGCCUAUAAAAUGCCCGAAGUGUCCAAAAAUUUGUGACUCGGACUAUUAUUUACAUAAACAUAUGAAGAGGAAGCAUGAAACGAACAGAGAAUUUAUAUGUGCAACAUGUGGUCAAGGUUUUGCAUUUAGAGGAGACCUAACAAGCCACACUAGAAAUGUGCACGAGAAAAUAAAACGUAUGAAGGUGUAUUCAUGCAAAUUCUGUGAUAAAACCUACAAAUGUGCUAAGUCUACUAUUAUUCAUGAGAGAUCUGUUCAUACGGGACAAAGGCCAGCUGAAUGUUCUGUGUGCAAUACUAGUUUUUACCAUGAAGAUUAUUUAAAAGAACAUAUGAGGUUACAUACAGGAGAGACUCCGUUCAAAUGUCCUAUCUGUGGACGAGGAUAUGCCCAGAGAGGAAAUAUGAAGAGCCAUCUCCGUAUUCACAGGAUAUCAGAACUGGAUGCUGUGACAUUAAGCAAAUUAAGACCAAAUUACUUAAAACUGCUCAAAGUAUGAGUGAGACCUUUACUUUUAAUUCAUCU